AUGGGUCUGUGUUCGCUAGGGACCCCCCGCCCUAGUGGGGGCAGGGCUGGCGCGCCGGAGACCGGGCUCUGCCACUGGCCUAAUAGGGGACCGCUGCUGUCACUGUCCCGCGUUGGGCUUUGUGUUCCCCUCGCUGGGGUGGGGGAGCCUGAGCCUUGCAGAGCGCCUGGCUCGGUCUACACUGCAGCAGACGAUCCCGAAUGGUUUUUAGAUCCUCUUCAAGAAAAUAAAUCCACCUGGAAAGAAGUGUGUCCUGAAAUAGCAGAUGGUACUCCAUUAACCAAUGAACUUCAUUUACCUGUUUCCAUACCUGAUGUUACCUCCUCACCAAGCACAGAAUUUCCUGCAGACUGGAGUAUUAAAACUCGACUUCUAUUCACAUCUUCCCAACCUUUUACUUGGGCAGAGCAUUUAAAGGCACAAGAAGAGGCGCAGGGAUUUUCCCAGCACUGUAGAGCAACAUCAAUCAAUUUCCCACAAAGCAUACAGGAUCCAAAGCUGUCCACAGAACUUCGCUGUGCAUUCCAGCAAAGUCUUAUUUAUUGGCUUCACCCUUCAUUGCCAUGGCUCCAGUUAUUCCCUCGUAUUGGAGCAGAUAGAAAAAUAGCUGGAAAGACUAGUUUUUGGUCACAUGAUGAAGCACUGCAACAAGUUCUAAUGAGUGAGUGGUCUGUCAGUUUUACCUCCCUAUAUAAUCUUCUCAAAGCCAGGCUAUGUCCCUAUUUCUAUGUUUGCACCUACCAAUUUACUGUGCUGUUCCGUGCAGCAGGCCUUGCAGGAAGUGAUGUUAUCACAGCUGUUAUUUCGCCCACAACCCGGGGUUUACGGGAAGCCAUGAGAAAUGAAGGCAUAGAAUUUUAUUUACCUUUUGUAGAAGAAACUAGGAGCAAGAAGCAGAAAAACUGUAAAACAAACGUGGACACAGAAGAUAACAGUUCUGAAACAAGCAAAAACAGUGAAGAUGGAGAGGAACAAGGAGUGAGUGAUGAUGAAAGUUUUUCUUGGCUUGAGGAGAUGGGAGUCCAAGACAAGAUUAAAAAGCCAGAUGCAAUUUCUAUCAAACUCCGUAAAGAAAAAAAUGAAGUGCAAAUGGAUCACAAGCCAGAAUCUGUUGCAUUAGUAAAAGGAACAAACACAUUCAUGUUGUUGAACUUCCUGAUAAACUGUAAGAGUUUAGUGGCUGCUGCAGGCCCCCAGGCAGGGCUGCCACCAACACUUCUCUCCCCCGUUGCUUUUCGAGGUGCAACUAUGCAAACACUCAAGGCUCGAAGUAUCAACGUGAAAACACCAGUUCACUUGCGCUGUAAUGAUAUAUUUAGCUUGGAGAUUACAGGUCCUGUCAUGCCUCAUUGUCUGCAUACUUUGACAAUGCUGCUCAAAUCUGCACAAAGGGGAGCUUUUUCUGCUGUGUUAUAUACCCAUGAACCAACAGCAGUGUUUAACACUACCACAGAGAGAACUUUAAAUAAGGAAACUAUGUGCAAGGACCUUACUAAAUGUGGGUUACAUCUAAAAACCUUGGAUCAGUUGACUCAACUUCCAACACUAGGAAAGUCUUCCAUACGACUCCUAGAAAUGAGAGACUAUGCUUACAGCUGGAAAUCUUAACUAUGCCAUUUUAGUUCAUGAAAUAAGGACUAGUAAUGUUUAGUCAACACUCUUCAGGUGCUAUUGUGCUAAUGUACCAGGAGGGAAGAAUUGUCUACUUGGGAAAGAACUUCUGUUGCCCAUAUCACCACACACAAGGUAACUUCCAGUGGAAAAAGUUAUUUUGGAUAAUCCAGCAAGAACACUGUCUCUGAACCUGCAACCUCUGCAUUUGUUGUCAAUGUUUUUAAAUAAAUUUUUUUAUAAAAAAGGUAA